AUUUCCCCUCCAAGCCUUGCUGCUACAACUUUUUCGGGACCCGCGCAGCACAGUGUUUCCCACUGGCUGUUCCGACCACAUCACCAAUCAUCAUGGAUCCCUCAGGUGCUACCGGAGGCCCGUCCCAGGCCCAGCCACGCCCUCGCAAGCGCGGUCGCCAGACCCGCGUGUCGGAAGCUGGAAAUGCGGCGGCCUCGGCCCCGCUAGCCCCCGUCCCACAGGUGCCCCAGGGCUGGGGUCCCGCCACCGUUACAAAUGGUCACCAUAGCCAGACCGUGCGUGCGCCCGUCGACACCGUGCCCACUCAACAACAGCCUGCCUUUCCAUCGCAGCAGCUCGAUAGAUCGCAUCAGGUCGCAGAGCCCGAGGGAUUGAUGAACGGCUACAGCGCCAACCCGCAGCACACACAGUAUCCCGACCCGCAGCCCACCCUCGCGCCAGCACCGCAGCCCGACACGUCGGGCCUGACCGGUCUGAGCGAACUUGCUGGCGACCAUCAUCACCAUCAGCACGCGCAACACGGCCAGCAGCAUCAUCAAGCUCAGCAUCAGCAGAUCCAGCAGCAGCAGCAGCAGCAACAGCAACAUCAGCAGCAGCAGCAGCGCGCUGCCGCCAAUAAACCCGACCGCAUCAUUUUCCAGCACCAGUACGGUGCUCCCCAUCCCACGAGCAAUUCGUCUCCGACCACCGUGGCGAACCCGUCCUCUGCAUCGGCCGGCUACAACAUUCCGCCGUGGCCUGUAUCCGACGCGACCCCGGCGCCGCAGCCGCAGCCUUCGGCGCCCUCGUCCUCCUCGAUGCCUCCGCAGUCGCCCGCGCUGGGCUCCUCUGCGGGCUUAGCUCCCCCGCCCGAGGGGAUCUACCGCUCCUUUGACGACCUCCUCUCGUCAGUGCAGCGAACCGCCAAAGAGCAAGGCUACAGCAUCGUCAAGCUUCGCGCCAGCAACUACCGGGAUAGCAAGCCGACGCGCUACGAUCUCGUAUGCGACCGCGGCGGCGUGAAGUAUAGCAGCACCGCCAAGAAGCGCAACCCCAGCACGCGCAAAGUCGACUGCCCGUGGCGCGCAAAGGCCGUGUGCGAAGUGAACCUCGGUCACCAGUGGCGCUUCGUCGUGCAAGAAGCUCGCCACAACCACGAAGCGCGCGUCCCCGCCGCCGUGCCGGGCCAGGAGAACACCCCCGUCGCGCAGAGUCUUAGGAGCAUCACCAACAAGGUCGACCGCAUGGCCCACGACGUGGCGCAGGGAAUCAAUCGGCUCGAGAGCGUGAUCGUGUCGCGCCUGGACAACAUUGAGAAGCGGCUCGAGGCCCUCGAAGGCGGCCGCUCGGCCAUGCUCGGCGGCAACGGCGUGCCUCAAAUGGGCGCCCCAAGCAUGCCUCCUGCUAAUAUGGGCGGCAACAGCCUUGGGAACAACUCGCUAACUAACGGCGGCAUGCAGCCUCUCGUGGACGGCCGGCUGGGCGGCGUCGAGAGCCGCCUCAGCCAAAUGGAGCCGCGCAGCUUGGACGGCCUGCAGAUGAUGGACGACGACACCAGGGGUCUAUCGAUGAUGGUCAACUCGUAGUCCGAGGGCCGCUGGGGCACUAACCCCGACAACCAGAUGCCUUAAUCUGGAACGCAAGAGACCGCGAGCCGCCGCCGUCGUCCUAGGGUUUCACAUAUCCGAAACCGAUUAUUCAGGAGCUUGGCUCGG